UGUCGAAGCCUGUAUACAUCACGGGAUAAGGAAAAGAAAUUACAUGCGAUGGAUAUAGGAAAUAUGGAGCCGGUGAAGGCGAACGAGAUUCAGGGGAUAUGGUCCUACUUGCAACAGAUCGACUUCAGUGAGCCUUGGUUUACAGCACUAGGAAUUUUCCAUGUAACAUGUUUCAUAAUAACAGCGGCUACAAGAAACAACACAUUAUUACAGUGUUUUCAUUUCAUGGUUAUGUUAUUAUUGGUGUUUUUUGCUGAGACAAUCAAUGAAUGGGCAGCCAAUAAUUGGAAACUUUUUGCUAGACAGCAGUACUUUGAUAGUAACGGUUUAUUCAUGUCUGUUGUUUUUUCUACGCCAGUACUUAUCAACUGUCUAGUGAUAUUGGUGAUGUGGCUGAAGGAUAUGAGUUUAAUUAUGUCAGAGACAAGACUGCUGAAGAUGUCACGAAAGGCAGAUGCAAUGGCAACAAAACAAGACAAGGAGGAAAGCAAGAAGGACAAAUAAAAAGUUUUUCCAAAAAUCAGAUUACCAUAACUUUAUACUCUUAUAGAUGAUGUAGAUUUUUACAUAUAGUCAUUGUAAAUGUUCAUGACCAUUCGUGUUUCACAAAAAAUAUAUUUUGCCUUUUUAAGGACAUUUUGAAUAAAAUGCUUGUUGAAAUCUUAGUUACUAAAAACGUUAAAUCUGCCUUACACGGAUGGUGAGAAGCAGGAAGAAGGAAGCAUUGGAAUUUGGGAGUUUAAUAUGGAGAGAUGAGAUCGGAAAAAUGAAAUAGUAAAAUACGGAAGCUAAUGUUACCGGUAAUGUCAUUUAAUUAGAUUUAAGAUAUACACCCAAAGCUUUAAGACUUUUUUCAUUUCUUGAGGAACCAUUUAGUUUCAUAUUUGAAUUUUUGACUUAGAAAUGACUUGUGUUGACGAUUAACCUGACCCGUUACUUGAUGAUCAGUAAACGUGACUUACCAUAGCGUAUAC